AUGUGGACUCAACCUUUAACUGAAUAUCUGAUUGAAAUUGAGAUAAAUACCCUGAAUCCUGCCAUCAUUGAUCAGCUGAGGAGCAUUCUGAUGUCUUUCAAUUUACCCUACACACUCACUGACAACACAAACAUUACAGAAAUCAACAUAACUACUGUCUGUUCUUUGAAUGAAGUGGGAUAUCAGUGUAAAUGUGAGGGUCUGUUUGUUUGGCCAAUUGACACGUGUCAUUCAUAUGAGACCUGUGAUAACAUCACUGAUGGUGUGUGUACAUGUAUCAAUGCUCUUCCAAACAAUGGACAGUUCUGCCAGUUAAAGAAAGGUCCGACUUCAAACUACAUGAUUGAUGUUGAUGUGAGAUUCUUUGAUUCGUCUCUUGUGAACUUCUUACGAAAUCUGAUCACAAAUAUCAACCUUCCUCUCGCUCUGAGCAACAACAUUAAUGUCACAGAUAUCGACAUGACUACUGUGUGUGGAUUAAAGGGUACAGAAUAUGAGUGUAAGUGUGAGGAGCAUCAUGUCUGGUCCAAUGACACCUGUGACGUCUAUCAGGUGUGUGAUGGGAUUGUGGGAGGAACUUGUGGAUGUAUUCAAGGUCUUCCUUCAGAGGGUCAACUUUGCCAGAGAGACAUAAAUGAAUGUAAAGAUGCACAGUCAGUGUGUGGUCAAAACUCAGAUUGUAUUAACACCAUUGGGAGUCACAUUUGUUCAUGCUGGAGUGGAUUUGCUCCCUUGUAUAAAGACAUUCCUGUGAGCCUCUCCAACUUAUGUGUCCGGACUCAACCUUUAACUGAAUAUCUGAUAGAAAUUGAGAUAAAUACCCUGAAUCCUGCCAUCAUUGAUCAGCUGAGGAUCCUUCUGAUGUCUUUCAAUUUACCCUACACACUCACUGACAACACAAACAUUACAGAAAUCAACAUAACUACUGUCUGUUCUUUGAAUGAAAUGGGAUAUCAGUGUAAAUGUGAGGGUCUGUUUGUUUGGCCAAUUGACACGUGUCAUUCAUAUGAGACCUGUGAUAACAUCACUGAUGGUGUGUGUACAUGUAUCAAUGCUCUUCCAAACAAUGGACAGUUCUGCCAGUUAAAGAAAGGACCGACUUCAAACUACAUGAUUGAUGUUGAUGUGAGAUUCUUUGAUUCGUCUCUUGUGAACUUCUUACGAAAUCUGAUCACAAAUAUCAACUUUCCUCUCACUCUGAGUAACAACAUAAAUGUCACAGAUAUCGACAUGACUACUGUGUGUGGAUUAAAUGGCACAGAAUAUGAGUGUAAGUGUGAGGAGCAUCAUGUCUGGUCCAAUGACACCUGUGAGGUCUAUCAGGUGUGUGAUGGGAUUGUGGGAGGAACUUGUGGAUGUAUUCAAGGUCUUCCUUCAGAGGGUCAACUUUGCCAGAGAGACAUAAAUGAAUGUGAAAAUGCACAGUCAGUGUGUGGUCAAAAUUCAGAUUGUAUUAACACCAUUGGGAGUCACAUUUGUUCAUGCUGGAGUGGAUUUGCUCCCUUGUAUAAAGACAUUCCUGUGAGCCUCAACAACUCAUGUGUCCGGACUCAACCUUUAACUGAAUAUCUGAUUGAAAUUGAGAUAAAUACCCUGAAUCCUGCCAUCAUUGAUCAGCUGAGGAGGCUUCUGAUGUCUUUCAAUUUACCCUACACACUCACUGACAACACAAACAUUACAGAAAUCAACAUAACUACUGUCUGUUCUUUGAAUGAAGUGGGAUAUCAGUGUAAAUGUGAGGGUCUGUUUGUUUGGCCAAUUGACACGUGUCAUUCAUAUGAGACCUGUGAUAACAUCACUGAUGGUGUGUGUACAUGUAUCAAUGCUCUUCCAAACAAUGGACAAUUCUGCCAGUUAAAGAAAGGGCCGACUUCAAACUACAUGAUUGAUGUUGAUGUGAGAUUCUUUGAUUCGUCUCUUGUGAACUACUUACGAAAUCUGAUCACAAAUAUCAACCUUCCUCUCGCUCUGAGCAACAACAUAAAUGUCACAGAUAUCGACAUGACUACUGUGUGUGGAUUAAAUGACACAGAAUAUGAGUGUAAGUGUGAGGAUCAUCAUGUCUGGUCCAAUGACACCUGUGAGGUCUAUCAGGUGUGUGAUGGGAUUGUGGGAGGAACUUGUGGAUGUAUUCAAGGUCUCCCUUCAGAGGGUCAACUUUGCCAGAGAGACAUAAAUGAAUGUGAAGAUGCACAGUCAGUGUGUGGUCAAAACUCAGAUUGUAUUAACACCAUUGGGAGUCACAUUUGUUCAUGCUGGAGUGGAUUUGCUCCCUUGUAUAAAGACAUUCCUGUGAGCCUCAACAACUCAUGUGUCCGGACUCAACCUUUAACUGAAUAUCUGAUUGAAAUUGAGAUAAAUACCCUGAAUCCUGCCAUCAUUGAUCAGCUGAGGAGCCUUCUGAUGUCUUUCAAUUUACCCUACACACUCACUGACAACACAAACAUUACAGAAAUCAACAUAACUACUGUCUGUUCUUUGAAUGAAAUGGGAUAUCAGUGUAAAUGUGAGGGUCUGUUUGUUUGGCCAAUUGACACGUGUCAUUCAUAUGAGACCUGUGAUAACAUCACUGAUGGUGUGUGUACAUGUAUCAAUGCUCUUCCAAACAAUGGACAGUUCUGCCAGUUAAAGAAAGGUCCGACUUCAAACUACAUGAUUGAUGUUGAUGUGAGAUUCUUUGACUCGUCUCUUGUGAACUACUUACGACAUCUGAUCACAAAUAUCAACUUUCCUCUCGCUCUGAGUAACAACAUAAAUGUCACAGAUAUCGACAUGACUACUGUGUGUGGAUUAAAUGGCACAGAAUAUGAGUGUAAGUGUGAGGAUCAUCAUGUCUGGUCCAAUGACACCUGUGAGGUCUAUCAGGUGUGUGAUGGGAUUGUGGGAGGAACUUGUGGAUGUAUUCAAGGUCUCCCUUCAGAGGGUCAGCUUUGCCAGAGAGGUAAGAAAUUACAAUUAAACACAAAUGACCUGAACGUAACUGUUAUUAAGUGA